AUGAGAGGGAGCUUGAUGAAGAUGAGCGAAAUCAUAGGCGAUGCCAUAGUGGGCCUACAAAAUAAAUCAGGUAGCGACAUGGCAAGAUCAACUAGCGAUGCCUUGGCGAGGCUUGAAGCCCUUGGCGACACCAUGCCCCAAGGUGUCGCAAAUAGAAGAGGGAAGACAAGCGACGCUAGCAGCAAAUUGGGCGACACCAAUGGAGUGACGUAG